AUGUAUACACGAGCUCUGUGUUCCGCGGCGGCCGGCGGCCGACUAGACGUUAGACGGGGGCACUCGCGUCAAACGGCGUGGGUGUCGCGUCGCGGGGAGGCGCGCGGUGCGACCUCUGAGGAAGAAAAACCUUUAAGAAAAGAAGUCAAUGUAUCAGCCAUGGACGGAACAAAUAAAGUUCGAGUGAAAAGACAAAGUGGAGCCGGUAAAUACACGGAAGCCGCUAAAAUGCCAAAGGUGAAACAGAUGAGGCUUUUCUUGCAGUUGUUCAAGAAUUUUUGGGAUGCUGCAUACAUAGGCGGUUCCCAUCCCUUUCAUCCCAACAUACCUAAAGCAGCCAUCGCAUUAUAUAAACAGAAAAUAGUGGAGUUCUUUGUACCCGAUGUAUUUUUAUUAUUGUUAUGUGCCGUGGCGAGCACCACAGCUAGCCAUGCAGUAGCUUGGCCUGGUGCAAUACCGGUGACCAGGACUCACGUGAAGACUAUUAUCCCAGCACAAAUCGACAGUAUUGGCUAUUCAACUAGUCAGUACAUAAAUGCUGUCCCUCCUCAACUAGCUCAUCAGCAACAUUUCGGUUAUCAGAUUGCUUUGCCAGGAUAUCAUCCUUAUCAACCAGUUAUUAGCCCAUCAUACAUUCCCUCCAACUCAUUCCUAUAUCCCUCGUUUGCACCAGUUGUUCCACAAGUUCCCAGUGUUCCCGUUCAACCCCCACAGCCUGCUCCAAGCCGCCCCUCUGAGCAACCGCAAGGAGAUGAGGACAGUGCUGUUGUUGAUUCCGCUGAUUUCCCUCCCAGUCAACAACAACCUUCUAGCGACAUGCCUCAGUCACAACAACCUCAACCACCCUCUCAAAACAAUCCAUCCCAAUCUUUAGAUUCAAAAAAUAUGCCCGCGAUUUCACAAAUCCCACAAUAUCCCGUUCCUUUCCCCCAAUACCCAGGUCAAAAUUCACAAUUCCCUGGCCAAUUGCCCUCCUUCCCACAAAUACCCCAAAUUGGAUCUAAUUUCCCACAACUUCCCCAAUUUCCACAAUUACCAAUGAACCCACUCUUCCCUCAACCUCCCUCAUCUUCUGCACCAAGUUUCCCAUCCACUGAUAGUGGGGCGCAAUCUAAUAACGAUGAAGAUAGCGUAUCAGUAGAUGCCGCAUAA